AAACAUUCCUUUAGCUAAAGGAAAGCACAAAGAGGUUAGUUUCCCAUCGAUUCGUUCGCCAAGUCAGUAAAAUCCCUAACAAAAAAAAAUUCCCAUUACAUCUCUAAUCGCUCUCUGUCUCUUCCUUAUCUUGGAGCAAAGAUCCAUCGAUGGUUCUUUUUCACUGACUUCCACCAUUCCAUGGACGCCUGAGGCUGCGUAGCCACUCACGCAGAGAUCAAAAAGUCAAUUGCUUUGCGGCGGAGUGAAAAGACGGAAGCGAUCAAUUGAAACGACGCCGUUGGUGAAGACUGAGGGAAAGAACAAGUUAGGGUCUGAUGGGUGAAUUCAACAGUGGUGGUCAAGCACCUAUGCCUGACGAUGACGGAAACGCUCCUCCCCUUCCUGAAAAGAUUCAGGUUGGUGGCUCCCCAAUGUACAAGUUAGAUAGAAAGCUAGGCAAAGGAGGUUUUGGACAAGUUUAUGUGGGUCGAAAGAUGGGUCCAGCCACUGUUAAUGCUAGAUUUGGCCCCGGAGCUAUGGAGGUGGCUUUGAAGUUUGAGCAUAGAAGCAGCAAAGGAUGUAACCAUGGGCCACCGCAUGAGUGGCAAGUUUACAAUGCACUUGGUGGCAGUCAUGGUGUGCCACGAGUUCAUUAUAAAGGUCGGCAAGGCGAUUUUUACAUAAUGGUUAUGGAUAUACUAGGGCCUAGCUUGUGGGAUGUUUGGAACAGCACCAGUCAAGCGAUGUCAACAGAGAUGGUUGCAUGCAUCGCGAUUGAGGCAAUAUCCAUUUUGGAAAAGAUGCAUUCUAGGGGAUAUGUGCAUGGUGAUGUUAAACCGGAGAAUUUUCUGCUUGGGCCUCCUGGAACUCCUGAAGAGAAAAAACUUUUCCUUGUGGACCUUGGCUUAGCAAUCAGAUGGCGCGAUAAUGCUACUGGGCAACAUGUUGAAUAUGAUCAGCGUCCUGAUGUGUUUAGAGGAACGGUACGUUAUGCUAGCGUACACGCUCAUCUUGGCAGAACAUGUAGUCGGAGGGAUGACCUGGAAUCUCUUGCCUACACUCUUGUUUUCCUUCUUCGAGGCAGGCUUCCAUGGCAAGGGUACCAGGGAGAGAACAAAGGCUUCCUUGUUUGCAAGAAGAAGAUGGCUACUUCCCCAGAAACUCUUUGCUGCUUUUGUCCCCAACCUUUUCGUGAAUUUGUUGAGUAUGUGGUCAAUUUGAAGUUUGAUGAAGAGCCUGACUAUGCUAAGUAUAUCUCCCUUUUCGAUGGAAUAGUCGGACCAAACCCAGACAUUAGGCCAAUAAAUACUGAUGGUGCACAAAAGCUCGUACAUCAAGUGGGUCAAAAGAGAGGGAGGUUGACAAUGGAUGAGGAGGACGAACAACCAACAAAGAAGGUCAGAUUGGGAAUGCCAGCAACACAAUGGAUCAGCAUCUACAGUGCUCACAGACCAAUGAAGCAAAGAUAUCACUAUAAUGUUGCUGAUAUAAGGCUCCCACAGCACAUCGAAAAGGGAAAUGAUGAUGGGCUAUUUAUCAGCAGUGUGGCUUCUUGCUCGAAUCUCUGGGCUGUAAUCAUGGAUGCAGGAACUGCCUGUACGGCCCAAGUUUACCAGCUAUCACCAAGUUUUCUCCACAAGGAAUGGAUUAUGGAACAAUGGGAAAAAAAUUACUACAUCACAGCAGUAGCUGGAGCAAACAAUGGAAGCUCAUUUGUGGUUAUGUCGAAAGGGACUUCGUAUCUACAGCAAUCCUACAAAGUCAGCGAUUCUUUUCCCUUCAAGUGGAUAAAUAAAAAGUGGAGGGAAGGAUUUUAUGUCACAUCAAUGGCAACUGCUGGAAGCAAAUGGGGGAUCGUUAUGUCUCGUGGAGCUACUUUUUCAGACCAGGUUGUAGAACUAGAUUUUCUGUACCCCAGUGAAGGUAUACAUCGUCGAUGGGAAAAUGGCUACCGAAUUACAUCAAUUGCUGGAACUUGUGAUCAGUCUGCCUUUGUUCUUAGUGUGCCAAGAAGGAAGCCUAGUGAUGAGACACAGGAGACUCUUAGAACUUCUGCUUUUCCAAGUAAUCAUGUCAAGGAAAAAUGGGGCAAGAAUCUUUACAUUUCGUCUAUUUGUUACGGUCGAACUGUUUCAUGAAGUUCUAGUUUUUGUUUACGAAUGCAAGUCAAUUUAGCUUUUAUCAUACAUCAUCCACUCAGUGAGAAUGAACAACAGUUGUGAUCAGUGAUGAUGCUAUGGGGCCUAGGGAGGAUAUUUUAGCAAGGAUGAAUGGAAGAUGUACUUAACUACUAAAAUUUCUGAGAUAAAAGAGUACUGUCGUCUAUCUAAUAAUGUUUUUAUCUUAGUUAAUGGGAGAUCCAUGGUUGAUUGUAUGUUGCAGUAAAUUGAAGAUGGAACUAUUUGGUGCAGUAAGAAAUAGAGAUGUUUCUAGUUUUGGUAAAGCUGCCUUCAAUGUUUCGUCUUGUGGUUUCUGUUAUGCUCCUCCUUGCGCCAAUAUUUUGGUUACGAGGAAUCAAGCAGAAAGUUGCUGAUCAAGCAAAGGGUCUCAGGAAAUGUAACUUGUUUUCUGACAUAAUCACACAUAGCCAGCUCCAAGGUCUCAUGUGGGUUCUUUCUUUUCGCUUUGUUGCAGCACUUCUUCGCAAAUGUUAGCGACUGACAUAGUUAAACUACUUCGCUUUGCCUUUUCAUUCAUCCUUUGUAGUCUGUUCGCCCAAUACUCGUGAUACAUGUUUACAGAUAAGUUAACUUGAUUCGAACAAAAAAUUUUGAUAUCCGUAACUAUACGAAAA